AUGACGAUGCGCAAUUUCCAACUGCGGAGUCUAUCGUCCCGACUCAUUCAGACCGUUGGUAUCUCCCGGCAAUGCAUUCGACCAUUCCACCGCAAAGUCGCACGCUCCGUGCCCUCCCCGACGCCAUUCGUUCCCGACGUCCAAACCUUCCUCACGUUGAUCGGCCGCGAAAUGUCUAAGCAUGCGAGCAAGAUUCCCACAUGGGAACAGCUUUUCGCCUCCAACUCCUCCCAGCUCCGCGAGCUGGGCAUUGAGCCCGCCCGGCAGCGCCGCUACCUCAUGCGGAAGCGGGAGAAGUUUCGCAAUGGGGUGUACGGGCCUGGGGGAGACCUGGAGCACGUUGUCGACGGCGUUGCCCAACUACGCGUGGUGGAAGUCCCGAAUGAGGCCGCGAGCGCAGCUGGAACAGCUGGAGCGAGCUCAGCGACAUUGACGCCGGGCAUGAAGAAGGCGAUUGUGAACCUGGCGCCGAAUGCCGCGGAAUACAAGCACAGCGCGUCAGCGCAGCUGAAGAAGUUCGCACACAUGAAGAUCCAUCGUGGCUCCCAGAUCAUGGGCCCAUUCCUGCAGCCGAUUAAGGGAACUCAUGGCUCUGCGGCGACGAUUACUGUGCAAGAGGGCAUGUGGGAAGACAGGCGGGGUCAGAAGGUUGAUGGUGGUGAACGACGACGGGUCGAGGUGCGGGCCAAGAAGAGGCUCGAAGAGAGGAGGAAAGCAUAA